AUAUUGUAGAAUGUUUCACGUUACACAUCGCCUGGAUUUCCCCAUCGAUUCAUCGGCCAGCUACCACAGCGCAUGCUUUCGUGAUCUUAACAUUACAACAAUUUGAUAUAAACUUAUUUAAAUAUAACAACUUUCACUUCCAAUUUAUAACAUUGACAACAAUCUUUUAGAACAAUCUUUUGCGGUGCGUGUUUUUGUGUUAAAACAGUUGAUUUAGUAGUAAUUGGAUUAUCAUUUGUGAUAAAUCAGGUCAGUAGGCUUUCUGGUGGAUUGAAGAUGACAAGUGUCGGAGAUAUUUUAGAUUAUAAGAAGAAGGAAGACGAAGAUUAUUAUGCUAUUUUGGGCUGCGAUUCCAGUUCCACUAUAGAGCAAAUAAAUGCUGAAUAUAAAGUGAGAGCUCUACAAUACCAUCCUGAUAAAAAUUCUGGCGAUAAAGAGGCAGAACAGAAGUUUCAGUUACUAAAAGAAGCGAAAGAAAUAUUGUGUGAUCCCGAAAGAAGAGCAAAUUAUGACAAAUGGAGAAGUAGUGGCAUUGCUAUCAGUUACAAGCAGUGGUUAGGAAUGAAGGAGCAUGUACACCAGUCGAUGCACUGGAGCAAUCCAAAAACCAAAGAUCGUAUGCUAGAAUCGGGGGGUAAUUCUGGACCUUCAAGCUUGGGGGCAAUGGGUACUUCACCGGCACAUCGUCGAGCUUCUGAAGGCGGUGCAAAUCUUCACUGGGGUGGACGUGGUGCAGGAUCAGCUUGGGGCAAAGAUCCUCCAAGCGAAGUUGUUAGUAAAUUUCGAAAUUAUGAAAUCUAAAUUAUCAAUUCCUUAUCAUUUAAUUUGUUCUCAUACAAUAUCACAAAUUUGAAGAUUAUUAUGUUUAAAGUCCUAAAUCAAAGCACAUUAUAUUAAAAAUACUGUCCCACGUGGAAAAACGAUAGUUUAUUCCACUAUACAAUUAUUUAAAAUGAUAAAAUAAUUUUUUUUUUCUCAAAUUUGAGUCUAGAAACUCAAGCAAUAUGUGAUUGGCUGACAACCAGUGGAUUUAAGCUGAUUUUAGUUCACCUUAUUGUUUAUUUUAUAUGAUCAGAAACAAAAUAUCCGUAUUGAUUCCAAACUUUUUCAUUAUCACAACAAAUUAUGAAGAUAAUGUGUUGCUAAGAUGUCGUGUUUUUGGAUCCAGACUUAUACAGAAGCUUGAGUCAAGUAUUUGUACAUUCGCUGGCUAAUGUCUGUCUAAUCUUCAAGUUUUACACUUAAAUAGUUUCUUAAUGACUACAUAUUAACCGUUUACUUUUGCUCUAGGCAGAUCCACACACAAAUUCAUAACUACCCUAUAUAGUUGCUACCUGCUUUAAAAUCAAAUUUUAUUGAAUUAUCUAGAAGCGAUCUCGACCCUUGGCCUAACAGUUCAAUACCCUACAAAACCCUCACAAAAAUAUUAAAAACAGUACGCUGAGAAAUAAUAGUUGUCGUUCUAUUCUAAGAUAUUAUCCAAAAUAGAUUGAGGAAAUUUGUAGUUAUCUGUCUUCAUCCAUUUCCAAAAAGCUUACGAUACUGUGAACAGAAACCAUUUGUACAGCAUUAUGAACGAUCUUAGUAUUCCAAAAAUCUUAUAACCUAGAAAAACGGAGGUAAAGGCAAAUUAAAGAAUAUCAAAAUGUUUCCAGACCAACACUGGACUAAAACAGGGAGAUAUCUGAAUACGAGCUUAAGGAAACCUACAGAACCUUCAUAGAAAUGGCAGAGACAGUGAAUCUACGAGUCAACGAAGAUAAAUCGAAGUUCAUGAUAAUGACAACACCACAAAGGAAAAGAGCAAUCAGAAAUUUGCAAAUACAACUGAACGAAGAAAAAGCAAUAAGCUUAGACCAAGUUCAAAGUUAUGUGUAUCUUGGGGUGGUUAUCAAGGUCGAAGGUGACGGGAUAGAAAAUCUGGAAGCGAGGAUGACGAAGGGAAGUAAACACUUGGAAGCGCUGAAUGCGAAAUAUCACAAAAAAUCUCCAAAAAGGCGAAGCCGCAUCUAUACAAAACAAUAAUAAGACCAACAGUGAGCUAUGGAGACGAAACGUGGAUUCUUGAUAAAGCAGAGUAAGAGAAACUAGAUACAUGAGAAAGAAAAAUACUUGAAGGAUACCAGGUGAUAAAAGAGAACAAAUAUUGAAAUUAGGAAUCUAUUUGGAGGAGCAGAACUUAGCAAAAUAAUAAAAUCCAAGAGAAUAGAGUAGCUGGGUCGCAUACAGAGAAUGUCAGAUUUUAGAGCAACAAAAAAAUUAUGAACAUAGGGAGAAACAAGAAAAAAAGGAAGACCAAGGAAAAUACGGUACGCAGAGGUUAUGGAAGUCCUAAGACAGAGAGGAAUUCAGGACAAGAAAGCGAAAGCAAAAAAUAGGAAAGAGUGUAAGGAAAUUACUUCCAUGCUAAGGGCCUAAAAGGUCUGCGUAUAUAUUCACUAUAAAUUUUCAGGAACUAAAGCUUAAUAGUAUCGUAAUGUUACAUUAACCGAAAACUGAAAAAUUUGUACUCUCAAAUUAAUUUCUGGCCAAAAUUAACGAACCACUUCAAUUAAUAUAAAUAUUUUCAAUAUAAAAACAUGUAAAACUAAGUGAAUAAGGAUAAAUUCAUACUUCUUAUCAUUGCAUUCAUGCGUCGCGGUAUGCUUGUUAUCAAAUGUUCAACAAAAUCUUACGGUAUAUUCUCUUCUUCUUCUUCUUCUUCUUCCUCUUUUAAUAUGACCAGGUCCUGUUCAAUCAUAUACGUUUGGCCCUCUUCUUGGAUCUUCCUGAUAUGCUGAACUCCAGCUCUCGUACUACCUCUUGGUGGUCUGCUUAUAGGUCUGCGUGUGUUCGGUCUCUGAGUUUUGGCCCAUUUUGCCCAUCUGUCUUCUGGCAUUCUUUCUACGUGGUCCCUUCAGAAUUUUUUUCGUGCUCUGACCCAUCUCACCACAUCCUGUACGCCCAAUUCUUCAUGUAUGUCAUCACUCCUUAUUCGGUCCCUGAGGGUGACUCCCUUGAUGGUGCGCAGUAUUUUCAUCUCCGUGGUCUUUUUGUUGUUAAUGUCUCGGCUCUUGUUUCUGAGGUAUAUAUGUGAAGAAGUCUCACGCACGUUUUAUAGAUUCUGGUCUAGCUCUGUGUUUAUAUUCUCCUAUUCUUCAAUAACGACUUCUAUGAGUUGGUUGUGAUUAAAAACCGUAGGACGAUGACUUUAAAUCCUGUUUUUGAGAUAGUCUCAUAGAUGAUUCACAUCCAGACUGUUAGGGGGCUAUUCUUAUAAAGAGAUAUUGAUAUGGAUAACUUGUCUAGCCAUGUGAGGAAGAGCAUUAUUGGGCAUUCAUAAACCUCGUAUGUAUAGAGACCAAUUCCGUACGAGCAUCGAAACAAAUUCCUCCCCAAAACAUUUAGAGACCUUAACCAGAAGGCACUUAAGGAGAUAUGCUACAGCUGGCAAAUCUUUCUCCUUGCCUCCGACAAACACGCUCACGUCCAUCUGGAACUUUAAUAUCUAACUCUAGUUUCAUCGGAGAAUUCUGAUGUAGUCUUACAAAAUUUAAUCUCUUUGUCUUUGUGUUCUCUGGUCUUCUGUUGCUUAACCCUGCUUCAUGUAAACGUCUUUUAACCGUUCGAGUCGAUAUAUGGAUAUUUUGAACAUCUGAUAAUUCAUUUCUUAUCAGAUUGCUGGUAACUUUGCUGUUUCUCAGAGCACGCUGUCUUAAAAAAACGAUCAUCAUCAUUUUGUUUAGUUUUCGCGCUUGUCCUGGUCUUAGACGGUACUAUUGUAUAAAUGGAAAUAUAUUAUUUGUAUUGAAUUAUCGUUAGAAGAAAGAUUUAUUGAAAUUCUUAUAAUAAAUCUUGUCUUUUCAAAUAAGAUAUUUACUGAACUUGCUACAAUACUAGGUAAUCCAAUUUUCCAUCAUAUGCAACCAUCUUAACGUUAAAUCAUUUUGUGCUCUAAAUAUAAGCAACCAAUACAACACAUUCAGUACUACUACUCGUUAUAUAAUAUUAGGUUCAAUUCCUAUGUAAGACUUUCAGUGCUUUAUGUGUUCAAUUUCUCUGAGCAAAUAAUCCUAAUUAUUUAUGUAUAUAUUGAGUCAAUCAUAUAUUGCCAAAAUAACUAUUUAAAAUAUUCUGCCCAUAUAUAUAGUGGUUGAAAAAAAUACUAUUAAUGUAAACACUUUUUACUAAUAAAAAGCGAUGACUAUUUAUAAAUCGACUUAAGACUUAAUUGUGUUACAAACGCAGUUUGAAAACAAAUAAUUUUUCUCUUAUUUUUGUUUUGUUAAUCUGACCACUGUAUGUACCAAUACUCAAAAUAUAUAUCUAUUUAAAAUAUAAGUAUAUUUGGGAAAUGCAUGUACUUUUCUAAGCCCUUUACAAAUAUGUAGAUAUUCACCCUGUAAUAGAUCACUACCUGCUCUAUGGGUAGUUACUCUAGACAGAAUUUUUUCGUUUAGAAUCUUUAUAAAUAUUAUGCGAAUAUUUCUUUAAGAUACUUUAGUUUCUUUUGAAAAUUCUGCUACAAAAUUAGCCGAAAAGUUUUUCGUUAAUGAAAUGAGUUCGCCAAGUUUGGAAGUGUGUUUUAAAGAGAAAUUAUUGAGCGUUGAAUUUUGAUAUAUAUUAGAUUUUGUAGUAUAAAAAUAUAUAAUAAAACUUCUUUCAUCUUCAUGGUUCCGCGCUCAUAAAAUUUCAGGUCCUUAUCAGGAAGAAACUGAACCAGGUGCGAUUGAAGGUCAUCGUAAUUUCUGAAAGUUUGACCAUUAAAAUAAUUCUGCAAACUUCAAAAUAAAUGGUAAUCAGAUGGUGCCAGAUCAGGGCUGUAUGGUGGAUGUGGCGUCACUUCCCAGCCAAACUUCGACACUUAACCUUUCGAUUUGACAAUUCCGGCCGUUUAUCUUUGAUUUUUUCAUCCAGUUUCAUUAAUUGUUGAAAGUAAAUAUCAGAAAUGAUCGUUUGGUUCAUUGGAGGCAGCUCAAAAAACACAAUAACUUUGUAAUACCACCAGCAUGUACUUUUCUUGUUGGUUUUUCGACUUUCGAUGUGAUUUGUGCUGGUUCGUGAUCGUUUUCGAACUAUGUUACUGUACAAGACCCAUUUUUCAUCACCAAUGAUGAUUCUUUUCAAUAACGGGUUCUUUGUGUUAAAUGAAUUUAUUUCAAUUCGUGAAAUACCCAAAUAUCAAGUUUCUUAACUAGCCCAAGACAUUUUAAAUGUUUUUUAAUUGUUGGGUGCGACACAUGUAGCCUCUUCCCUACCUCUCGAACAGUUAUAUGACGAUCCUUUCCAAUUAUGACUUUGAUUUGAUCAUCAUCAAUUUCAGUAUGCCGAUUAGAACGUUGCUCGUCUUUGCGGGAAAAAUCUCCCGAACGUAAUUUUUUUUAUUAUUUCUUUGUGAGCCGGAGCAGCUCUCUUUCCUUUAUUGAAAUAAAAACGUAAAAUAUUCUGAAAAUGUUCGUUUCCGCAUUCCAUUUCUAAUUAAUCCACGACUAAAAGUUUUAAUUAAAUUUAAAUUAAUAAAUAAAGGUAGUGGGCCUUAAUUUUAUAAAAAAAUGAUUUCUUCACAAUUAUUCACGAUUUUGUACUUGAAAAUAGUCUUGUUAAGAACUUUCUCGAUAAUGAAAAAGUAAUUAUUGCUAUUUAACUCAGAUAAACGCUGCAAAUUUUAGACAUGGGUUGAUUAAUUUCAGAUAAACUUCAAAAAAAUCUUAAAAUUUAAUUCUUAAUUAAAAGUUUUUCGGAAUUUUUGCUAGCCGGAAAAAUUUUCAAAAUAGAUUUAAUAAAAAAUGCUAAAUCAGCGAAAAUACAAAGUCAACUUGACUUUGUAUUAUCUGCUUGAACCGUUUAUGAAUCAUUAGGAUAUAGUUUGUUUUUGAAUUUAUAGUUUUCUUUAAUUCAAAAACGUUUUAAAUUAAAUUUAUCACUAAUUUUUUAAAGAUUUUUUAAAAAAUAUCCAUUUUUUAUAUUAUUAUUUUGGUAAGUUAAAUUUCAAUCAAAAUAUAUGGUUAUUUUCAACAUUAAAAAAAUUUUGUUAAACAGUAAGUAGCUUUUGUAUAGAAUUUUGAGUUUAUUGAAAUUGAUUUCAAUAUUUAAUAAAAUUAAUUUUGGUUAUGACUAAAAUCUAAAAUCGUCAUAAAUGAAUUAAAUCAUUUUAUAAUUUGCAUUCCAUAAUUAUUUUUCAAAUUUGAGUUGCUUUGUAAAGAUAGAGAAUUAAAUGAAUGAAUUACUAAUAAUUAUUUGUACAUAUCAAAGCCUCUACAGAGCUUAUAUUUUAAAUUUGACUCAAAGGUCCUGGAUAAAGUAAACUACAUGAAAACCAAUAAAUAUUUUUUGAUAACUGAUGGUGAUCUAUUACUUUAAGAACGUGUUAUUGUGAAACUUUUUAGAUAUAUUUUGUUGAAUAAAUUUUCUUCAUUUUUGUUCUGUUCUAUUGAAUGGUGUGUUUAUCUAUUUAUUUUUAUAAACGAACAAAAAUCGAGACAAUUUAUUCAAGAAUUAUUUAUUAUUAUUCUGAUCAAACACGGAUACAACCAUUCAUUCUACAAGAAAGUGUAACCUCAUGUAUUAAUCGUAUAUGUAUAUCAAAUAAUAGGUGUUAAAUGUUAUAAUAGUAUCUUUUCGGUAUACAAAUUUCAUCGGCUUAUCCUUGUAACCGAUCUGUUAGUCCCAUUACUUUCAGACAAUUCCAAAUGUGGGAUGCUCCAGCUUCUAAAGAUGUUCAGUUUUUAUUUCUGCUCCUGGGUAUAAUGUCAUGAAGUUCCUAAGUCUGGACAAAUUUGGACAAAGAUUUAGUCCUCUAUGAAUGACAAGACGGAAUAUCAGUUGGCGAAAAUAGGAUCAACAAUCAACAAUCCAUACUGGCAAUAACAGAAAUUAUGACCAGACUGUCUGUUAUCAGCGAAAAAUAUGGCUUAAAAAUAAGCUAAUCCAAAACUACGAAGUGGUAAACAACACUGGAAAAUGCGAAAACGAAAAGACAAUUGCAAGAUCAGCAGAUACCAAGUUAAAUAAAAUCUGGAGAGACCAACCUAUCAAGAAAACAAAGUCUAGUUGAUGCUCUAUUGCAACGUACGCAGCGGAAACAUGGACUUUGAACAAAGCAUAUAAAAACCUAAUAGAGGCUUUUAAAAUCUGGGUUUAUAGACUACUCAUACGAUUAUCAUGGACAAAACACCGAACCAACGUAUCCGUAUUACAAGAAAUUGGUCCACGAACAGGGCUGCUAACCAGAAUAAACCUCAUGUAUGUGCAGUACCUGGGACAGGAAAGUAGAGGUAAAUCUCCAACUAGAUGAGUAGUCCAAACAAAACCCUUAAUAAAUAUGAGACUGCAUAAUGCCGAAAAGAUUGCACAGGAUUGGCAAGCAUGGAAAUAACUGCUGAAUCAAAUAUAAAUGGUACCACUUCAUCCUUUGGAAGAUAAUGGAUAGAGGAUAUAUAGUUUUUCAUCAGAAUAUGGUACGAAUUAAGUACAUUUUUCUAUAAAAUUAGGUGUGUAACUGCAUAGCAGAUAAUUAUGUCAUCAUAAGCAGAAAUAUUUAUCUCAGAAAAUACUGUGUUCAAGAAUUGAAUGAAAUAUCGCAUCUAAAACCUUGGUUUAGGAGGGAGGAUUGCGCAUAACCGCUAUUAACCCUUAUGUGAGUGAUGAGGUACAGAAUUAUCAAUUCAGUUACAUAUUUUUGAAUGCCUUGACAUAUAAGCUAUUUACAGUGUUUUGUGGAAACCAACUGCUAUCAUAUUCUUGUAAUAGGAAUAUUUUCAAACUAUUCCUCUUCAAAUUAUUUUCGAUUUCAGCUUUUGGUUCAACAACCAAAAUUCGAUUCCAUCAUCUUCAACCAAAGGAAUACGAUCAUGUUCAUAUCAGAUCACUCUAACAAAGAUGUUUUAUUUGUCACUUGCGUAAGGAUUAAAGAGAUUGACGAAUCGACGAAUCAAAAAUUACCAGAACUACUUAAGCGGAAUAAACAGAAGUUUUAGUGACGAUAUGUGGUGAAAUAUGGAUUCAUUAAUGCAAUUCUUAAUUAAAGAGAUUGUCAGAUGAGUGGACUGCAGCCAGUGAAACUCAUUCAAAUAAUAGCUGAUGAUGCUCGAAUACAAAUUAAAUUAUUUUCAAAUACAUGGAAGCCAUUGAUUUAUAAAGCGUUGAACGAUUUGCCCUCAAUAAUUACCGGUUCUUUGAAUACCUCAAAAGAAUACUACAUUGAACAAGAUUUGAUACCAAUGAAUAAGUAAUUGACAGAAUUGAAGUCUUCCUCUUUAUUUCGCGAUAAAUCAUGACUAACGAUAUAACUUUUUAUCUCCGUAUCUUGAGAAUUGAAAUAAUUGAUAGAAAGCAAACCUGCAGCAGAAGCUAGUUCAUAUAACCUUAUAAACAUACCCCUAGUAAUGUCAAAAAUACUACAAUGUCACAGAAUAGUUAACAGCCCUCGAAGAAAAGAAGGUGCAUGCUGGAGUAUUUCUCGACAUAAAAAAUACCCUCGACAAAGUCAUGGCAUGAUGGUAUUUCUAAAAACUGAAACUACUUUCAACGUAACUACUAUCCUUUGUUUUAGAAACUUCAAAAUUACCAUACGAUAGAAUCUGGAGUCCCUCAAGGCAGCGUUUUAUACCCAUUUCUGUAUAUUCAAAGCACACACGACCUUCAUAGCAACCUUUUCAGACGAAACGUCCACUAAUACAAAUUAAAAAACUUUCAAAAACACAAUUCCUCGCAUUACAAAUCCAUGGAAGCCAUAAAGAGUUGAACGAAUUGCCUUCAAUAAUUACCGGCUUUUUGAAGACCUCAAAAAAUUCUACAUUGAACGAGAUUUGAUACCAAUGAAUAAGCAAUUGCCAGAAUUGAAGUCUUUUUCAAGUCAGAACUUUUUGCAAUGAAUUAUGACUAUGGAUAUAACUUUUCAUCUACGUAUCAAAAGUAAUUAUUAGAAGUAUAAAGAUUGAUUAAGAAUUGAAAUAAUUGAAAGAAAGUAAUAAACUAAAAUGGAAUAAAUACUAAGCACUAAGAAAAGGAACUUAUCUCUAUUUUCCAAAAAAGCCGAUGUCUUCUGGUAUAUAGAAAAGACAAAAUAUUUUUCCCACUAUUCCGUGUUUGUUUCUGAAACUUUUUAUCAAAUGCCAAGCAAAGAGUGAUAACUGGAUAAUUUCCAGUAUAACCCAUAGCACUUCUCAACCACAGAUUAUUCUUCGAAAUUAACUCGAAUAUCAACGUUAAAUUAACAUAAAUUAUAUUUCAAAAAACUAAUAACUUUCAAAAACUCUUGUUCUCGAUAACAAUAAGAUGAAGCGAAUAACUGUUUGAGCAAGUCUAUGGGAAAGUUUGGAUGAACGUGUUUAUUCAAUGGCCAAACAAAUUAUUCUGGAGAUAUUCCAUAUAAACCAGUACCAACUGUUGAAGCAGGGUAUGCACAACUUUCCAUAUCUUCAAUCCUGUUGAAUAGAUGUAUUUUGAUAAAUGUUUAAAUUAUACCUAUUAGAUAUAGAUAUAAAUUAAUGUUGAAUCCAAUAAAUAUUUACUGUGAA